CCUUAAAAUUCCUAAUUCAAGUUUGGAGAGAUGAUAUAAAAUAAUAAAAAAAAAAAUUAAAGCACUGUAUUUUAUAAGCCAUGCUAACACAUCGAAGAGGAUAAUCCUAGCUGGAUUAAGAAUUAGCUAUAUGCUGUGCGAGUAAAGUGCCUAUGAUUUCCAAACACGUCCUCGUAUAGCCAAACAGAAAGCAAGCAUCCAACAUCAUCAGUUUGGGUCAGCCCCGCUCAGCCACCGUUUCUUUUCCUACGAUAUCUCUCGUUCUCUGCACAUUUUAUCCGCCACAAAUAAUUAUUCAAACAUCAAGUUUCUCUCUUCAGACAUUUAAGUUGCAUCCGCAGCAAUGAACUGCGUUGCAGUGAGCUCCACAGCUCGAAUAUUCACUAGCUUCAACCCAUUCCCAGUGCGACCCCGUUUUACUCAGUCGAAAGCUUUGAUGGUAGCCGGACCUUGGCCUACAUUUAGAGCUCCGCGAAUCGUUUGCAUGGCGGAGCCGUAUCUGAUAACGAAACUGAAAUCUGCGGAGAAGACGUGGAAGGAAUUAUCGGUUAGGCUUGCUGAUCCAGAUGUUGUUUCAAAUCCCACUGAAUACCAAAAACUGGCACAGUCUGUGGCAGAACUUGAUGAGGUUGUUUCAACAUUUAGGAGAUUUAAGGAUUGUGAGAAGCAGUUAGAAGAGACCAAAGCUUUAUCAGAAGAGGAGAGCACUGAUGAAGAUAUGGCUGAGAUGAUAGCAUCUGAAAUCAACUCUUUAUCCACUCAACUGAAAGAGCUUGAGGAGAAGCUUAAGGUGCUACUGCUUCCAACCGAUCCUCUUGAUGCGAGAAAUAUAAUGCUUGAAGUGAGGGCAGGUACUGGUGGUGAUGAGGCUGGACUAUGGGCCGGUGAUCUUGUCAGAAUGUAUCAAAAGUACAGUGAGCGGAACUCUUGGAAAUCUACCCUAGUUUCAUACUCCGAGGCUGAAAAAGGAGGAUUUAAAACCUGUGUGAUAGAGGUUAAAGGGAAUCGUGUCUACAGCAAGUUGAAAUAUGAAUCAGGUGUUCACCGGGUUCAACGUGUUCCUCAAACAGAAUCUCAGGGCCGCGUGCACACUUCUACUGCAACUGUAGCUGUCAUGCCUGAGGCUGAUGAAGUUGAGGUGGAAAUUGAUCCAAAAGACAUUGAACUCACAACUGCAAGAUCUGGUGGUGCUGGAGGUCAAAAUGUCAACAAGGUGGAGACAGCGGUUGAUCUCUUCCACAAACCAACGGGAAUCCGCAUCUUUUGUACUGAAGAGAGAACCCAACUUCAGAACAAGAAUCGUGCUUUACAGCUGCUACGAGCAAAAUUGUAUGAAAUAAAAGUAAGGGAGCAGCAAGAGUUGAUAAGGAAUCAACGGAAAUCACAGGUUGGUAGUGGUGCUCGUGCGGAAAAGAUUCGAACCUACAAUUAUAAGGACAAUAGGGUUACGGACCACCGGUUAAAGAUGAACUUUGUGCUUACGUCUUUUCUUGAAGGUGAUAUUGAGGAUGCAGUUCAGGCUUGUGCGGCUAUGGAACAGAAGGAACUCCUGGAAGAGCUUGCUGAGUCUGUCACUGCAACGCCUUGCUGAACUUGCUGAACUGCAACAUUCUGUGCCUUGCCCAAUUGGAGCAUUUGGAUGUCAGGCAAGAAAUGGCGUAACCUUUGAAGAAGUCAAAGAAAUUACUCAUCAACAAAUGAACACAGCAUGUCACUUACACUUCAUGUCAUGUCAAUGCUUUCCUUGAGUGUCUGAAAAUUCUUCAAAUACAACGGCAACUUUACAUUUGAAAAAUGCAAUGAUAUGGUGUACAAAUGGUUUAAUCUUUGAUAGAUUUCAUUUUGUAAAAUAUAUACUCUAGGAUGAAUUUUUAUUGUAAUUAUCCUAUUCAUUCAUUGCCUGUAGAUCCAAUAGUUUAAAGAAAAUCAAGUCCUGUAGAUUUUAAGAGGAGUCCUGAAACUCAAGCCACAAGGACAGGUGGGCAGCUCUCUGCCCAACCAUCUGCUCCUUACGAUAAAAACGCCUUAUCUUUGGGCCUUUUUUUGGGCAUUGUCUUUUUAAGAAAAUCAACCAUCAUUACACACUUCACAAACAAUCGAAAACUUGUCAGAAAGCUGGAAAAAACUGGAACAAAUGAAACAACAAGGAAUUUAGCACAAGUUUUAUCCAUUGGAAGACUUGCUGGAGGCGUGCACAGCUGUCAGAGCCGAAACCGCUGCAGC